ACUGAUCAAGAUUGAAAGUCCCUCUCUCCGCCCUUAUUAAACGCUCUUAAAUUCAAACGCCAAUAUUAAUAUGCACCAUCAAAUGUAAUCUUAGGCCGAAGUGUGGACAUGGAUCUGUUGAGACAUACCACCUACAUUUAACCGACUGAUCGUUGGUCAUCGUCAGUGUUUGUAAAAGUCAUGUGGGUUAACUGUAUAUACGGAAACACUCGUAAGUGAAAGUGUAAAGAGGCGUUUAUAUGGGCGCAGGAGAAACAUCAUGGCACACAGCGUCACUCAAGAGUACAUGCAGAUUCCAGCCGUCACUCGAGCGUACACGACUGCAUGCGUCCUGACAACAGCUGCUGUGCAACUGGAGUUCAUUACACCUUUUCAACUCUAUUUUAACCCUGACCUGAUAUUAAGGAGAUACCAGGUAUGGCGACUGAUCACAAACUUCUUGUUUUUUGGACCUCUUGGAUUCAGCUUCUUGUUCAACAUGAUUUUUCUAUAUCGUUACUGCCGAAUGCUGGAGGAAGGCUCAUUCCGCGGCCGAACGGCAGACUUUGUCUACAUGUUCCUGUUUGGUGGCGUUCUUAUGACUCUCUUUGGUCUAUUUGCCAACCUGUUCUUUUUAGGACAGGCUUUCACUAUCAUGCUGGUGUAUGUGUGGAGUAGAAGAAACCCUUACGUUCGUAUGAACUUCUUUGGUUUGCUCAAUUUCCAGGCCCCAUUCCUUCCCUGGGUGCUCAUGGGAUUCUCACUGCUACUCGGCAAUUCCAUUGUUAUUGAUCUCCUGGGUAUCGGUGUAGGACACAUCUACUACUUCUUGGAGGAUGUAUUUCCUAACCAACCAGGAGGAAGAAAGCUUCUAGCCACUCCUGGAAUUUUUCGUGCUCUAUUUGACGCACCUCAAGAUGAUCCAGAUUAUGCCCCCCUUCCAGAAGAUCAGAAUGGGCUCACCUUGAAUGCGCAAAAUGGAAAUGGGGAAGAUGAUACUGGUCGAGAUGAAGGUCAAGGUCCAAAUGAGGAAGAUCCUCAAGGAGAAGAUAACUAGAUGGAUUCAGUACCAGAUUUACAGACAGCAGUCUGAUUCAGUCUUGCCUUGCUUUUAAAUUCCUCCUUUUAGUUGGGGGAGAUUAUGUCUAAAUAUUAUUUUAAUCAGACUGUGUAAUAGUUUAAAACACUCCUUAUAAAAGAGAAGGCGCUUUAGCCUAUGGCCAUCUGUUGCACUGUGCAUCCUGGAAAUCCAGCUUUGUAACUGAGAGUAAGGCCACGAGGAUUUUACAUUUGGCCACCUUUGUGCCUUUGUGUAAUGGCAUUUUGCAUUCAAUGCCAUGCACAUCACAAACAAGUAUUCUUUUGUUUUGGAAGAACAAUGCCAUUCUGUUUUAGUUUACACCACAUAGUUUUAAACAAUUGUUGUUUUCUCAACAACUUUGUUUUAAUGAAUUAAAAAGCAAUGCUGGCUGUAUAAUGUUAGCAAUGGAGUUGAAAGAGAAAUCAGACUAUAAUCCAUCAUUUUUGGAGGCUAAAAUAGUUGGGGAUUGUGUAGUCCACAAGAGGUUAUUUUCUUGGGUACAAUACUGUGGCAUAGCGCUGUUCAGGAAUAGUAUCAAACACAGUGAGCGGUGACGCGGGACGCUUUCACGAAUGUGCCGACUAUCUGAAAUGCCAAAUUGAACUGCAGACUGUGCAUUUUCAGGCCCGUAGCCUUUGUUAACACAGCACCAUGGCAAAAUACAAAAAGCUUUGUGUGUUGAAAUGGAUAAGAUGAAUUGUUGAAGAGUUUGUUGUCCAGAAAGACUACGUACAAUUUGCCUAAACAACACAAUACAUUUGCAAGAAGCUUCUUGAGAAACUAUAGCUGUAUCUGAAUAUAAAUACAAACACUUGAAGGCUAAUGAAUAAAGGCUUAUGUUCUAUUAUCUUUACAUUCUGGUGGUUUGCUCUAUAUUUCAGUAAAUCUCUGGAGCAUUUUUGGGGCUGUCGUCUGCAAUUUUUCACACUUAAAUUGAAAAGCUCAUCAUUCACACAUAUUAUGGACUAAUUGCUAAACAAAUUGUAAAAUAUUUUUUUGAAAAUACCCCAAAUAAAAGUCCCAAAUGUAUAAAUAAUAUUUAGUUUACAUCCUUAUGAUGAACAUAUAUAUGCUGUAUGGACAGUAUAUUAUAUGUAUGCAGAAUAUAUUUGUAAUUCUGGGUCUGUUCACUCUGUUAUCUCCCUUUGAAAAGUCUUAUUUCCUUCCACUAGAUGGCAGCAAGUACUAGGAAAAUAAUUUUUCCUACUCCACAUUCCAUCACAAUAUACAGAUGUAGGUUGCACUUUAAUGCAUUUUAGCCCUCAAAGAUGUGCUCAUCCAUAGACAGUCAGACUAAUUUUUAGUUCAUGCGCAGCUUUUUUUUUCAUUUAAAAUCUUGGCCUCCGAGUGGACUAGAACCUUAAACUAGUCGCUUUUCUUGCUGGAUGGCAUAUUUGUUCUGGACUUCUAAGAUAUAACAUUGGAUUAUUCAGGCAAACAGGCUCACAGAUGAGAUUUUUAUUUUUUUUAAACUGUAUGACUAAGCAGACAAAGAUUUUCUUCUUGGGACUUACAGCAGCAAUGAUCAGCGCAUAAUAGAGACAUUUGUAUUUGAUGUCUUACAGAAAUCAUAUUUCACUUCGUGAUUCUUUUGAAUAUCUUUCGAACUGUGGUAUUAGGGCUAUAUACAAUAUAGUCACAUUCCUGAGAAUUAGAACUUUCGUUUGAUAUAUGACAUGUCUAUUGAAGUGCUAUGAGAAGGGCUUUAAUAUUCAUUUUUAUAUUUCUACCCCAUUACCUCUAGGAGGUGCUAAUUGUGAACAAAAUUUCAGGCCU